AAAGUGACUGGCUCGCCUCACUGUAAUCCAUUCAACGACAAUGGUGGACUCAAGAUGAAGAUUGUUGUGUUGCAGCCGACGGAUCUGGUCCAACGCAUGCACCAAACCCACAGAAACAUGGAGGACAGCUGGAUUCAGGCUCUUAUUAUUAAUGUCAAGGCCAGCAAUAUGGUUGGCAUCCCUGUAUCCACGUCAAUGCCCAUCGUGAUUCGUAGUUACAGCCGACGCUUCUGUCAACGUGGUUACGCGACAUCAAAAGCUAAAGAGGAAAACCUCCCUUUGGGCAUCAACGCAGGCAGUGUAUUGGAUCACCACACUCGAGACAGAAGCGAGGCAUGA